UGCUGCGGCUAAAAUUAAAAUAGGAACAAUUCUAAAAGUUUGUAGCAUUUGUGCGUCUAGUAUGUGAUUCUCGUUUGAGGAUACUUCCUGAUCGAGGUUACUGAUAUCAUUUGUACAGUGACUAUAUCCGCCCAAUUCUGCAGUCUUUGGUUUUGUUGGGAUCGAUAGGAUCCACAUCUGUCGACGCUGUUCUGUUUUUAUACAUAUGAUCUUUCUACUGUUGAUAUGAUGACGGCUGUUAGCGUUGUACUGAGUGCAUUCGUUGUUAGUUUUGCGUAUUUAUAAUCAUCAAAUUCAACGUGGUAGUUUUUGAUCUACGUAAUCCGUUUCGUAGUGGUGGUGGCGCAGUUGUAGUAUCGUUGUUGUUGUUGUUGUUGUGGUGGUGGUCGUUGCUAUUGUUGUUUAAAGUGUGCGUGUUCUUCUAUUCUGUGCGCUUUGUUUGUUAAUUGGGAGACAAUGACGUUUUAUGUAGUGGAGCCUCUGAGGGUGUCUGCGCCACUACUGUGUGACAAUAUGCAGCUGCAGUGCAACGCCACUGGAUAACAAACUCCAACGGAUAACCUAUUUCUAGCACGCCAGCAUAAAAACUAUUAGCACUGCUGCUAGAAACUGGUGUUACUUUUUGCUUGUUGUUGUCAGUACACAUACGGGGUGUAUCCGUACCUCACACGAUACGACCCCAUAUCUGCCGAUCGUCACUAUACUUCGAUGACUCGGGGAGCCAACAAACGUCACAUAACGGAUUGUGUUACGAUGUUGCCUCCGUGAACGAGGAUGCCCAUCUGCUGCUAUUGGAUUGCAGAUGGUAUCAACCAUGCACCACUAUUCCUCCUUCACCUGCGAAAUUCGACGACUGUCAACAACAGUGUACGAGACAGCGAGGAGCAAAUCGAACACGUCGCCGUCUUCCAAUCUUCUCCAAUUAUUUUGCAGGUCGCAAACUCAGUAUCGUCAUGGCAGCCGACCAUGUUACUGGGCAUGCCUUCGCUUCAUCACACUGCUCGGAGCGGCCUUUAUCAUUACGGCAUCUCUUGCUUCAGGAGCAGCUGUAAAUGGGGGCGGUGUUGGGGGGCCAGGUGGGAUAGACGGUCCCCUGGGUGGUCCAGGUGGCAUCAGUUCAGAUUAUUCUGGCCCUCGGUUCUCUGCAGAACCAUUAUUUUGGGUCGAAUUUUCCAAUUCAAGCGGAGCCGAACUUACAUGCGAAGCCACAGGCGAUGCACCUUUAACCCUAACAUGGGUCUCAGCCGAUGACCCUCGAGAGCCUGUAAGCCAAGUUGCAGGACUCCGAACCUUCACGGACGAAGGAACUCUUGUACUGCCACCUUUUCGUAGUGAAGAUUACCGUCAGGACGUGCACGCGGUUAUCUACCGUUGUGUCGCCACAAAUGCAAUCGGGUCCAUCACCUCACGUGACGUGCACGUGAGCGCAGUGGUAGAUUACACGUAUGAACCCCGUGUAUAUGACGGGUUCGUUGUGCGUGGGAAUACAGCGGUCCUAAAAUGUCACGUACCUUCAUACAUCCGUCAAUAUACGAAUGUAGACGCUUGGAUUCGAGACGACGGAUUUACAAUCAACGCCUCGGGCAAUAAAGAGGAUCGUUACACAGUACUACAGAGUGGUGAACUUCUCGUGUAUAAGACAUCGAAAGACGACGAGAAACGCUCAUAUAGAUGCCGAACACGCCACUUACUAACUGGCAAGAUUGCCGUAAGCAGUUCACAUGGGAAAGUGACAGUUACUGAAUCGCAUGUGAGUUCUGCUCCCAAAGCGACGCUGUUCUUCCCCGAAGUAAAGGCAAAGUUGGGGGCUCACGUUGACCUACCUUGUGUAGCGCAGGGCCAUCCCCCGCCGAAAUACAGUUGGUAUCUGGAAGAUGAAGAUGGAAAUCGUCGCAAGUUGACAGACAGCGAUCGGCUUCAGACGUCUAACGGAGUCGUUACUAUCCGAGCUCUCCGAACGACAGACGAAGGACGUUAUGUUUGUAUUGCCCGUAACAGCGCCGGAGAGGAGCGUACUGAGUCGGUUCUCACGGUUAUUGUACCUCUUCAGGCCCGUCUUAUCCCACAGGAACAGCGCGUCGAAAUUGGCCACGAAGCCGUCUUUAACUGCAGCAUACAAGGACAACCGGUAUCGUUGGUUACGUGGCGCAAGGACUCGCAACAACUGCUAGCCGAUGGCCGUAUCCAACUGCUGGAUUCAGAUCGAGUCUUACGGAUACAGUCGAUAAGGCGUGAAGACGCGGGUAUUUAUCAAUGCUUCGCUGAAAACGAUCGAGACGCGGCCCAAGCAGUAGCAUUGCUUCGCCUUGAUGAUAUGAGCCCAACAAUGGUCGAAGGCUUCGAGGAAAAGUUUGUGAUGCCAGGAGAUACGUUUGAGCUCCGAUGCAAAGCAAAAGGAAGCCCUCUUCCCGAGGUUUCGUGGAGAAUAGAUGGUGAUCACCUAUACAAGAGUGAGCGGCAUAAAAUAUCCUCGAGGCAAAAUGCACACGAGACAGAAGCUGUAUUGCAGGUGGCAGACGCACGAGUUGAGGACAGCGGCGAAUACACGUGUGUAGCCUCAAACGAUAUUGGUACUGCAGUGGAACAUUCAGCUCGCGUCAACAUCGAGGGCGAAGCAUUUGUCCGACCGAUGAGGAAUGCUUCUGUCGUAUCAGGCACCGAUCUUGCUAUCAAGUGUCCCUACGGCGGAUAUCCAGUUGGACCCAUCACGUGGCUAAAAAGUGGCAUGGUGCUACCAGUCAACUAUCGCCAAUCAGUCGACAACAAAGGCGUGCUCCAUGUUCGCCAAACUCAUAAACCCAACGAUGAAGGAGAAUACACUUGCACAAUUCAAGGUGGGCGGGAUCGAGAUUCAUCCACCGCUACUACAUACAUUUCUGUAGUUGUGGCUCCCCAAAUCGAUGACCAUUUCUUCCCUGACAUCAUUAAAGUGGAGGAAGGGACUCGUUCGAGGCUAAUGUGUUCCGUCUCCAAAGGGGAUCCUCCAUUACGAUUUCGCUGGUUGAAAAAUGGACUGCAGAUGCGCAACAACGCUGAUCGCCAAAUCGAGUCCAACGAAGAUUCUUCUAUCAUUAAGUUUCAACGAGUUAAAUUCUCGGAUAAAGGAAUGUAUACCUGUUUUGUAAGCAACGAUGCUGCCUCCGUUAGUAGAACAGUGGAACUUAUUGUCUCCGUUGCGCCACGGUGGAAGGUCGAACCACGAAAUGCCUCCGCAGUUAUCGGCCAAAGCGCGAUCCUUCAUUGUUCAUGCGAUGGGUUUCCUGCGCCUAGCGUAACUUGGAAAAAAGGAGUGGGCGUUGAACCGCGGAAUUUCAGCUACAUUCACUACAAUUUUCGUAAUCACCACUUGAUAAAUGGCUCUCUGCUUAUUCGCGAAUUAGAGGAGGCUGACCAAGGGUAUUACUUGUGUGAAGCUCACAACGGUAUCGGAGCAGGUAUAUCAAAACUCGUGUAUCUGACCGUACACGUCCCUCCGCACUUUGAUACGAAGCAUCGAUCGUACAACGUGGCAAAGGGACAAGGGGUAACCCUCGAAUGUGCCGCUUCCGGCGAUCGGCCAAUGCAUUAUGUGUGGGAGAAGAACCAGGCGGCAGCUCUUAACGAGUCGCGUUACGUUGUGGAAACAAAAGAGACGAAAAGCGCGUUGUUUAUUAGUGCAGCGAGCAGAGAGGACUCGGCCAUGUUCUCUUGCCGUGCGCAUAACAACUAUGGACAGGAAACAGCGCUUAUACAGCUCGUCGUACAAGAACCGCCGGGAGCUCCGACAAGCUUGCUUGUCCGUAACCAAACUUCACGGACCGCAGAUCUACACUGGCAAAUUCCGUACAACGGGAAUUCUGUAAUAACACGCUACAUCAUCGAGUAUAAACUAAAAAAGGACACAUGGCCAGAAGGACCUUCAACAAAGGUACACAAAGUAGUGGUUGCUGGCGGUGACAACCAUCAGACGAGGUUAAGUAAUCUGCAACCUGUCACCCAUUACGAGAUUCGUAUGAGUGCCGUCAACGCCCUAGGUAACGGGCCACACAGUACAACCGCUGCCCUCGCAACAAGCGAAGAGGCUCCGAGUGCUGCACCGUCUAGCGUGAGCGUCCAUACAACAGGUUCCCAAUCCUUAAAGGUGUCUUGGAAAGCGCCCCCAAAGGAGCAACAAAACGGGGUCAUCAAAGGCUACCGGGUGGGAUAUCGUAUUGCGUACACAGAAGGCAGCUAUUCGUUCAAGCAGGUCGAGCCUCCCGUUGAUACAACCUACCUCACAAACCUGCAACGAAUGACGAAAUACGCAAUUGUUGUCCAAGCUUAUAACAGAGCUGGUGCAGGCCCUGCCUCAGAUGAAGUUAUUGCUGCAACCUUAGAAACAUCUCCUCCAACAUCUCCGUCAAUCCGCGUGAGCCCAGUUUCAAUAUCUGCCCUCCGAGUUAGCUGGGAACUAAGUCCAAAAGACAAUAACGGCCAGGUCACAGAGUACACACUGCAUUAUUCAUUCGAAGAGGGUCAAUGGUCCAAAGUAGUAUUAGACGCUGCCUCGGCCCAGACUUAUGUUCUUCAAAGUCUGCGAUGUGGUACUGUAUAUCAACUAUAUAUGACUGCGUCAAACAGCCUCGGCACCGGGGAACCUGGACCUCGGGCAGUUGCCAGAACUAAAGGUACUCCGCCGAUCCGUCCGUUACUUGAACGCUUUAUAUCUACCAACUCUUCGUGUAUCACUCUCUACCUUGGGGCUUGGAAGGAUUCCGCAGCUGCCGCAUUGCAGGCCCAGGCCACCUGUCCUGUCACGCGCUUCGUCAUACAAUAUCGGUCAAAGGAACGCAACUCAUGGGUAGUGCUCUCCGAUGCACUCUCAACGACAAGUAGUAAGACCAUUGAGCAUUUGAGUCCAUCGCGGGAAUACCAAAUCUCUGUAACAGCCUUUAGCGAUGCCGGAUCGACCCAAGCAGAUUUCAUUGUACAAACAACGGAUUUCUCUACUGUCGGGCAAGCUUCAAUAGGAAGUGGCCUCUUGGAGGACUCAUCGCCGUCCAGUUCGCCAUUAUGGAUAGCGGUGUCGAUUAUUGCACCGCUGAUUGCAAUUCUCGUGGUGAUUGCUCUGUUAGUUACAGUCUGCCUUAAAAGAAAGCUUUUCGUCCUGUCUCGUGGGGCUCAAGAUCAGCGGGGCACCCAAAGCCCAUGCCACGACACAUCAACUAUCUAUCGAGACUCGAAGCUUUACAUGCAGGAGCAAAACAUACUUCUCUAUUCAACACUUAACCAUCAUAGAGCGAUGGCGCACGAACACGGAGGUUCCACGUUUGCCCGCGUCACCGGAGCAAGCUGCAACGGAGGUGGUCCUAACGGGGGCCUUGCAGAAACUGAGCUUUAUUCGACGCCGCAUCGCACUUCUGUCGGAAAUGCAACCGCUACGCUCAAUAAUACACGAAAUACUAAUGCAAACUGCAUGCCUACAUGGUCCCAUGAAUAUCAAGCUGCGCCUACACAUGGAAGUAGUGGAGGCGCGAUUUCGUCUGUAGGAGGUGUGGGAGCUACGUUGACCUCAGGUGUCGAAAGCCUAGGCCAGUGGGCGGCAGGCUCCGAGAUUCCUUUGGAGGAUUCGCACUCUGUGUACGCGUAGUAGUAACCAUCUAUAACUUUACCGGCUUAUCAACGCGACCUUUCCGGCAGUAUUAACAAUCUGCAGCUGCUUGAGCGCCAGAAAUAAAUAAACGUUCACCAGUUCCCGCUGAGUUGAAUGUAUGUACCGGUGUCGGCAUUUCAAGCAUGACUAAGUUCCAUCGCGCGUUUGUAUAGUUGAGGCCGGCUAAUCAAUAUCUGCUGAAAAGAAUCAAAUCUAACAACAUUUCAAGCGAGUCUUCUAACGCAAAACAGCUCUGAGCGUCUGCAAGUUCAAUCAGUGUUUAACAAUCGAUAAAUAAUUCAAAUGGGACAAAUGAUUGUCAUCGUGACGGCUGUUGGUCGACAUCGUCUCGUUGCGCUCCAGGGCCGACGCGUCUCAGUAAGGACAAAACCGUUCAACUAAUGCCAAAUGCAGAUGAUGACGACUGAAAUAUUAUAAGCUCAUUUUGCGUAAAUGAUAAGACGAUCGUCCAUAAUUUCGAACGCGCUGAAGCGUGCGUGCUGUUACUAUAAAGGUGCCAAUUUCAUAAAAAAAAAACAAAAAAA